GUCAAGUCAGGAGGGUAAACUCUAACUUAUGUAGGCGGAUUUACGAAAUCACGGCAGUCUUUGUCAUUCACUACUUACAAUUCCCGUAACACUUCCUGGCUGGAAGCUGGCAUUCUGGUUGGCGGUCAGCCUUUCUACACAGUGUCCAGCAGAGUGCACCCAGCCCGAAGAAUCCUCGCGCCUCAGGUAUGCCCGCCAGAGUACGAGAGGGGUUACACCCAGCCACACACCUGAGAAGGACUCACGACGCUUUUCCACGCUUUCGGCCGUUCGAGGACCGUUGCUACGCUCGUUAGCUAGGACCAGGUCUGGCCUCCUCCGAGGGGUAUCGAAGCUGUUGGGCGAUCGAAGUUCGAUGUGUGCCUGGAUUUUCUAGGGUGUGCCGCCCCCAAACGGUUGAGGCCCUUCAACCGUCGCGUUCUGGGGACGUGCUCAGAGACUUGCUUGAUGGAGGGUCUGGCCAGACUUCUUAGGCCCUGCGGAACCUUUCUCUUUUCGUGUCAGCUUCGGCUGCUGCUGCUCUUGUCGAAUGAAAACAUGCCGUUUAUCCGGUGGGAUACCCGAUUACGCGGUUAUCUUGGCCCGCCCGGGCCCACUGCAGCUGUUCAGUCGACAGGCACUUGUGCACUUUCGCAUCGUGUUUCCCGCUGCUCAAGAUGAUGCACGAGUUAGCUCUCUGCCCUGGUCGCGUCUGAUGAUCAAAGUGUGUGUGUUCGAGGUCUCUACUCGAUCUAAUACACGCCAGGAAUCAACGCGUAGGGGCAGCGGUCCGCCCACGCCAGCCACUGUGCGCCGAACUGCGCUUUGAGCGCCGCAUCCUCCUUUGCCAUGCGGCCCGCGAGGCCGGAGACGAUGACGGACAUGAGCGACAUGUAGCCGAGCCCGAGCAUCCUGCCGGGGACGCUCCCCCGGUACACGCACUCGACGGCCCACGUCCCGGGGCUGCUGAAGUACAGCACGAGCCCCGCAUAGACGAGCAGCGCGCCGGCGUACGACGGGUGGCGCACGACCGCGUACGGGCCCGCGGUGACCAGCUCGUGGUUCUUGAGGAUGCCCGUCUCGAACGUGAAGUGGCGCCCCAGCGCGCGGUAGCACGCGAGCCGGAUCAGCGCGCCGCUCGCGAUGAGCAGCAUCCCCAGCACCAUCGGUGCGGACGCGCUCGCGCUGAUGCGCCGCGCGUCGCCGCCCAGCGCCGGCAUCAUGUCGGCGGGGAGCACGAGCGAGAGCGUCUCGGCAAGCGCGAUGCACCAGUACAGGAUCUGCGGAUUCGGUCAAGCACGCCGCACAUCGCCGCACAGAGAUAAUCGGGGGACGCACUGUCGGCGAAUGCCGCAUGUACGGCGAGACGAGGACCCAUUCGACUGUGGUCGGGGUCACCGUCCGAUCCGAGUUUUUGAGGGGUGGGUUGGGGGAGGUGGACGCGACGUGCAGGCCCGCGGUCGCGGCCAGAACACAGAUGAGUUUGGGGAGAAUCUCCAUUGGAGUGCAAUCGCGAACCCAGCCCACGUUGUUUAUAGGGGGAGGCAUGUAGUGCGGGGGCGUGCACGGGAGAAGCACGGCCGCGAAUCUCGAUCGCUUUGAGUGUUUCUGUUCCACGCGCCACUGUUGCAUUGCCAGAGAGACGACGGCUGCUAACCGGGUGAUAUGCUCCUGCCAGCCAGCGAAGGGUGUCAAACGAACCUCGCUCCUAAGCGCCUAGCGUAAUUCAUCUCUCACAGAUACCCAGCAGCCGCUCAGUGAACGUGGCGAAUCGCAGGUGGAAUGGAUAUGCCGACAUGACUGUGGGAUAAAGAAGAUCCGAUUUAAUCUCACAGUUUAUCGGGGCCACUCUCUAAUCUACCCAGUGCUCCUUUUGAUUCUCUGGGUGAUAUUUAACGAUGGGGGCGGGCGGCAGGCCAGGCAAAAACAG